GCUGCUUUUAUGCUCAACCAUAAAAUUCUCUGGAAUUAUCUUCAGGGAUCACUCAGUUCCAUAAAAGAGGGUCCAGCUGAGUCUGAGGGAUUAGGAAGAAGGCUGUGAAGGACCCAGCUUGCAGCACCAUGAAAAGCUUCCCCAUGACUCCCCAGCUUUUUCUGAUUUUUAUCCUGAGUGUCCACCUCGGAACUGCCACACGUGGCAUUGAUAUGGCCAAGUUCUGCUGCUUCCAAUACAGCCACAAGAUCCUGCCCUGGAGGUGGGUGAAUACCUAUGAAUUCACCAGGAACAGCUGCUCCCAGCAGGCUGUGAUAUUCACCACCAAAAAAGGCCACAAAGUCUGUGCAAAACCGCAGGAAACAUGGGUGCAAAAAUAUAUUUCUUUACUGAAAGCCCAGAAACAACUGUGACAGCUGGAUUUUCAGCCCAAGAUGCCUGGAUCCUGCUCUGCUCUUGGCUCUGCCUCUCUUGGUGGAGCCUGAAAAAUUUCUCCAACAGAAGUCUCC